AAUGUUGCUGAAGGAAAAAUAAAAGAUCACUUCGGAAACUACGCUCUUUCGGAAGUGAUCUUUGAUUGGUCUGCCUGAGAUGACGUAGCCCUUGCGAGUCAUUGGUCCCUUUCUUCAGGUAACGUUAAUCCUCGGCUAGGGAAGUGGUCGCACCGAGAUUAAUUCCGGUUGGACAAUUUAAUAUCGACAGCGAUCGGACGGCUUGGUAAUUCGAGGAGCCGAGUGUCGUUCAAAUGACGGUUGAGCAGCCAGCGAGGAGCAAUGUCGUCCGCUGAGAUAUGUUAUCUUGUUGACAGCUAGUCAACAAGCUAACGUAGUUAAUUAGCGUAGCUAAGACCCCUGAUUUACCGAAAGCAACACAAUGGCAUGAUAAUAUAGUAAUUGUUAGUCAAUAUAUUCCCUUUAGGGGAUGCUUAGUUGCAAACGAAUGCGUUGAGAAAUAUAUUAUGUGAGGAUUAUAUGAGGACUUUCGAGUUAGCUGAGUUCGAUAGCUGGAAUCAUUUUAGUACCCAAGUGAUUUGUCAAUGUCGCUCUAGCUUCUUCUUUGUUGGGGCUUGGUUUGAGGUUACAUCUAUACUGUCCUACCGCUAUACUAUCAGUCACUUUUUUUGAAAAUGAAAAACUGUGAGUAUCAACAAAUAGACCUACGAGCGCUCAGAACAUCGACCACCCGGACCUCCACCAACAAAAACUCACAGCGUGUACGGAGGAAAUGGGAGGUUUUCCCAGGAAAAAAUCGCUUCUACUGUGAUGGGCGUAUUAUGUUGGCCAGGCAGUGCGGUGUGCUCCCGCUGACCAUCGUCCUUAUUUUCAUCACCAGUGGCUUAUUCUUCAGAUUUGAUUGCCCCUUUCUGGUGCAUCAACUCACUGUCUUCAUUCCAGUUAUUGGUGGGGUUUUAUUUUUAUUUGUCGUCAUCACCCUCCUUCAAACCAGUUUUACAGACCCAGGGAUUUUACCCAGGGCUUUGCCAGAUGAGGCUGCGGACAUUGAGAAACAGAUCGAUAAUUCUGGAUCUUCAACAUACCGCCCACCUCCCCGCACUAAGGAGAUCCUUAUAAACAACCAGGUGGUUAAGCUUAAAUACUGUUCCACAUGCAAGAUGUUCCGUCCGCCUCGGACAUCCCAUUGCAGCCUGUGUGACAACUGUGUUGCCAUUGAUUGGCAUCAGAUGACUUGGAAAGUAGCGCACAAGUCAAAUGAGCGGUUCGACCAUCAUUGUCCUUGGGUGGGGAACUGUGUUGGGAAGCGAAACUAUCGUUUUUUUUACGCAUUCAUAGUGUCACUAUCCUUUCUGACCUCCUUUAUCUUUGGCUGUGUGAUUACUCACCUCACAUUAAGAUCACAAAGUGUGAAUGGUAUCAUCCAGGCAAUAAAGGAGAGCCCGGCCAGUGUUGUCGAGGUUGUCAUUUGUUUUUUCUCCAUCUGGUCCAUUCUGGGUCUGUCAGGUUUCCAUACUUAUCUUGUGGCCUCCAAUCUCACAACCAACGAAGAUAUCAAAGGCUCUUGGUCCAGUAAAAGAGGAGAAGAAUCAGGGAAUCCGUACACCUAUAACAACAUCUUCACAAACUGCUGUGUGGUGCUUUGCGGGCCAAUGCAACCCAGCUUGAUUGACAGAAGAGGCUUUUUACCUCCAGAUGACACACCUCCAAUUGUGACCUCUGACACUGAGCUCCCUCAUUUCAUGGCUAAGAAUGACACAAAUAUGUGCACACAAAGCACAAAGGAGCUUUUAGAAUCAGUGGCACACUCCACGAUGAUCCAGAGCACCUGCACUCCAGGCACACCCAAAACCACCCCGGUCAGCCAAGAGAGUCUACUGAGUACCGUCUCUAUCACUGUCUCUCCCUCCAGCAAGUCUCCUUCUACCGGCUGCUCAGGCCGCCAGGCCCGGCGCCCCAUUGACGUGCCCUGCUCCCAGAGAGGGAGCAAACAGGCCGCUCUUCACACCCAUAAAACCAUGUUGCGUGUAUCCAGCCCUCCCUACUCUCUUGGCCACAGUCCGAUCAUUCUUAGUGACGCUCCCAACAUGGGCUUUAUCCCACUUAACUGAGCGCAGUAUCUCUGCCACCAGCAGCCUUGUGCAAACACUUUGAGAACAGCAUCACACUUUUUAAGAAACUGUGACAUACUAUACUCAGGAUCCUUUCAGGAAACAUGGCAUCUUUCAGCAAAUGGGAAUAAGCCUGCAUUGACUUCUUAAAUAACAGAGGGAUUUGGAGAUUUUUUUUGUUCCGUUAACAUCAACAUACACUUGGUGGAGAGAAGUGCAAAACAUCUUCAGAUGAUCAGUGUUUUACAAAACCUCAAGCCGUUCUUGUUUCAGCCUUUUGCCAGCCUCUUAGACCUAAUGCAAUAAUUAUAUGAUUUGAAAGGUCACUUGGGUCUAAAAAAGCCUUACUUCAGAGUCACUUCUGUUCAUUUUAUGUGGUGUUAAAGACCUUCUACAUUAAAGUCAUUGUUGGUUAAAAAGUAUUCACACCAACAGCCGAGUAUAUAAACAGCAGUUAUGAAUGGGUAUCAGAGAGCUCAGGAUUCAAGGGUUAAUGAGUUUUCGAUGUAUGUGAUACAAUGUUACUGUUGGUCCAGGGUUUAUUUUCUCCUGUAUAAUGUUGCGGCUGCAAAUGAAUUAACAGCUUUCAUAUUUAUGUGUAUUUUGUGUCGUUUUAAUACAGGGUCUUUCCUUCAUUGAAAAAUUUUCGGUGGCAAACCCAAGUGAAAUUUGGGCGUCCUAAAGCAAAUGAAAUAGUAUUUAAUGCAAUAUUUUUGCCCUAAGAUCAUUGUCUUCAUCUUGAGUUCUGCAUUUUUAGGUGGAAAGUGCUAGAGCACAGUGUGAACCACAGACCACAAAACCUGUGUGACCCUUUUAAUUUCUGCUUUAAAGUAGUGUCAAGGACGUCAAAUACCUUAAACAGCUAGUUAGCCCUAAAUUCAUAAACUGUAAUCUUAGGAAUGCAAAUAUGGAUGACACUUCGAGGUAGUAAAUUUGGGAACGAUAUUGUACAUUUAAAUUUUUUCAAUUAGGCAUUAUGAACUAACGAUUAAAAUGUUUUAUCUUUUUACAGCAUUUAUUAAUGUGCUAAAUGUUAAAUUCUACAUAUAAUACUUUUUAACAUUUCAAGUCAUAUCAACAAACAUUAAUGUAUUAUGAGCAAACAUUAGUUAAUUCUAACUUGGAUUAAUACAUUUUCAAAAGGCGUUUUUCAUUAUAAUUUUAAGAUUACCAAACGUAAAGCGUAAUUGCAUGUAAUUGUCAUUGCUAUUAUAAUACAUAUUGCACAAAUUAUGUAUAAUGUAUAAUUAUAAAAAUGAAUUGAAUAUUGUAUAAUCAAUCAAAUUUGCACGUGUGUAUAAGCAACCACCGAAAAUCAUUUUUAAUCUAGGAAAAACCCUAUAGUAUUUUUGACUUUUCAUCGGUGGGUCAAAGAUUGUUUUCUGAUUGUUAUUUAAGUGUUUUUACUAAGCUUGAGAUAAGAACUGUUGUAACAGAAACCUUUUGCCUUGAGAUUGAUGGAUUUCUUAUAAGUUAUUUACAUCAUUAAGAUGAUCAUCAAGUUUUUUUAAUAAAUCAGAGUCUGGCACAGUAAUGAAGUUGACAGUGUAAGUUUCAAAAUGUUUUGCUCAUCUAAGAACUUAGACUUAUAGAAGUUGAUCACUGCCAGCAGUGUUGAAGGGAUAGUAAAUUAAUAAUGACUUGUGUUUUGUGUUAUUGUACUUUUUCACCUGAAGAUUUAAAGACAAAGUAAUAAACAAAUGUUCUUUC